GAGGCGUGGCAAGUGAGUGUGAGCCGGCUGGCGGUUAACUUGUAGUCACCAAAUUCUCUUCUAAGGAUCAUCGUGGUAGUACUAGUUGUCAUUUGUGUUGAUCCUGCCUUUACAUCACCAUGGCGUCAUCUGCUAAGCUUGCGUUGCUGAGUGUGUCGGACAAGAGUGGGUUGGUGGAGUUGGCUCGUGGCCUGGUUGCUGCAGGACUCUCCCUUGUGGCCUCUGGGGGUACCGCCACCAAGCUGAGGGACGCAGGACUGGAGGUGUCGGAUGUGGCAACAGUUACGGGGGCUGCGGAGAUGCUGGGAGGACGUGUCAAAACGCUGCACCCCACUAUCCACGGCGGCAUCCUGGCCAGGGACACUCCAGCUGACCUUGCAGAUCUCGCCACUCGGAACAUCAGCCUCAUUCAGGUGGUGGUGUGUAACUUGUAUCCAUUUGUGAAGACUGUAUGUAAAGAGGGUGUGAAGGUGGAAGAGGCCGUGGAGAACAUAGAUAUAGGGGGCGUCACUCUCCUGAGAGCUGCUGCAAAGAACCAUGCCCGUGUCACCGUGAUCUGCGACCCUCUCGACUAUGACAAGGUCCUAAAGGAGCUAAAAUCAGGAGACACCGCUCCUACCACAAGGCAAGAGUUGGCCUUAAAGGCAUUCACACACACUGCACAGUAUGAUGAUCACAUCAGUGACUACUUCAGGAAGACCUACUCGUCAGGGGUAUCCCAACUACCUCUCCGUUAUGGCAUGAACCCUCACCAGAAGCCAGCUCAGAUCUUCACACAGAAUGCUGAACUUCCCCUGACUGUGGUGAAUGGGUCACCUGGCUUCAUCAACCUUUGUGAUGCCCUCAAUGCAUGGCAACUUGUCCGUGAGCUCCGUAGUGCCCUUGACCUACCUGCUGCUGCCUCCUUCAAACACGUCUCUCCUGCAGGAGCUGCUGUUGCUGUACCUCUUGAUGAAGCAGAGGCAAAGGUGUGCAUGGUAGAGGACCUGGGCCCCCUGACACCCCUGGCCAUUGCUUAUGCUCGUGCUAGAGGAGCUGACCGCAUGUCAUCCUUUGGUGACUUUGUGGCUUUGUCCGAUGAGUGUGAUGUUCUUACAGCUAGGAUAAUUUCCAGGGAGGUAUCUGAUGGAGUUGUGGCUCCUGGUUAUACUGCAGAAGCCUUAGAACUCCUCAAGAAGAAGAAAGGUGGAAACUACUGUGUCUUGCAGAUGGACCCAGAGUACAAGGGGAAUCUUGUGGAACGUCGCACCAUCUUUGGCCUGACACUGGAGCAGAGGAGGAAUGAUGCAUCCAUCACACCUGAUCUUUUAAGCAACAUUGUUACAAAAAACAAACAGCUGAGCAAAGAAAGUAUUCGCGAUCUCAUUGUAGCAACUAUAGCCGUGAAGUACACACAAUCAAACUCUGUCUGCUAUGCAAAGUCUGGCCAGGUGGUGGGUAUUGGUGCUGGUCAACAGUCACGUAUUCAUUGUACCAGACUUGCAGGCGACAAAACUAAUAAUUGGUGGCUGCGGCAUCAUCCUCGUGUGUUGAACAUGAAGUUUAAAGAAGGAGUGAAACGAGCUGAGAAAUCCAAUGCCAUUGACAACUUUGUUUGUGGUACUGUGGGCAAAGAUAUGCCGGAAUCACAGUUUGCAGCGGUACUUGAGGAGAUUCCAGCCCCAUUGACUGAGGAAGAAAAGGAGUCCUGGAUAAAGAAGCUGAAUGGCAUUGCACUAUCCUCAGAUGCUUUCUUCCCAUUCAGAGAUAAUGUUGACCGAUCAAGACAGAGUGGUGUUGAUUUCAUCGUAAGUCCAGCAGGGUCUACCAACGACAGCCUGGUGGUGGAUGCCUGUGAUGAGCACGACAUGGUUCUUGUACAUUCAAAUAUCCGGCUCUUCCACCAUUAACAUAGAGGAUACUGUAAUAUUAAAUACGUACCAUUCUUUUCAGUCCUGGUUUGCCGAGCUAACAAUAUUACAGUAUUGUACUGUAGUAUUCAUCACUUGCGUAGCUUUGCAGAAUACAGUACAUGUAUUUAAAUUGUUCUUUAGAAACUUGUUUACACUUUGUUUAUUAUUAGAUCUAUAUAUACAGUAUUGUAUUUUCAAAUAAAUCUAAUUCAGUA